AGUUUUAUGUAGUGACUAGUGUUCGCUGUUAUUAAAGUUUUAGCGAUUAUUCUGUAUAUCGGUAUUCAGCAUAAUUUGAUAACGCCGAUUAAGAAAAUAUUGGUCUCAAACUUGAAUCUUAUAGGAAAUAUUUAGGCUUAGAAGGUUAAUAAAUUGUCAUUAUCAUGGAACAUUAUUCACAUCUUGAUAUGGGUAUACUUAAUUUAUAUAAUCAAGGUGGAUCCAUGGAUUUUAAUGUUGAUACCCAUUAGGUACCUAUACUUGAUAGUGGCUACUGUCUAGCAACUAUAAUGUUUAUGAUGCGGGAUGCUAGCUUAUCAUUAUAAUUUAUAGGUCUAACCAGCAAGCGUAUUUAUAUAAGUUUCGAACGCUCGAGAUUAACAAUUAUUUUAUUAUUAUCAACUAGAUAAUAAUAUUACGAAUUUAUAAUUACUAGAAUGAGCUAAGAUAAACUUUUUUUUUUAUAUAUAUAUAUUUUGUGAGUACCUAUUAAGUAUAUAUUUAUUACCUACGGUUAAGUGCUAACAUUUGCAAUAAUGUCGUCAAAGUCGUUGAACAUAAUAUGAUAUUGCAAGGCUUAAUAUAAUAAUAAACAAUUGGAUAUUCGUCAUGUCAUCAAGCUGUUAAUUGUAAAAUAAAAUCAGUGAUGACAUUCUUGUACUUUGCUUAUGGUAGUAAUUUGCUAGCUCAACGUAUUCAUCUAAACAAUCCUUCGGCAAAAAGAAUAGGGAUUGGUAAAUUAAACGGAUAUCGUUUGGAUUUUAACGGUCCAGUAUCAACAUUUUGGAAAGGUUGUCCCUCAACCAUUGUGCCUGAUGAGGAUUAUGUUUGGGGUGCUGUGUGGCAAAUGAAUAUUAGUGAUCUCGAAAACUUAGAUAAACAGGAAGGAGUUUCCCAAAAAUUAUACUUGCCAUUUGAAGCCAAUGUUACUGUACCUAACGUCCAGACUUUAAUAUGUCGUUCUUAUAUGCUAGCAAAUCAACCAGAGAAACAACCCGUAUUACCACUGGAAAGGCGACCAUCUAUAGCAUAUCUUGAAACAAUUUUAUUAGGUGCUGAAGAAAGUGGUUUGCCACUAGACUAUGUUAAUAAUUUGAAGCUAAUACCACACAACAAUGUCAGUGGUCCUAAGAUGCCAUGGUCUAAACAUCAUAAUGACAUUGAACUGUGAUUUGAUUUUCAAAAACUUAAAAUUAGUUUUACAAAAUUACAUGAUCCAGACAAUAAAUAAAUUUGUACAAUAUGUUAUUUUGGUGAAAAAUAUAUAAUAAAUUCAUGAUUGUUUAAGA